CCGGCCGGCGCCUCCAGGGGUUGGACUCCUGACCAGCUGGGCGGGACUCAGGCUGCAAUAUAAGGGGGAGCGCCCCUGUCCCGGCUACAGUGCUGAAGCUGGAGCGUCAGCAGGCACCAGAAGGCAACUUGAAACUCACGAACCAGAGGAACUGAAAAAGACGCAGCAGGAGCGCUUCUUCCCGCCACUCCCAGCCCCAGCCUCGGAGGAUGGGGCUCCUCGGGAAACUCCGCGCCUCGGCGGCGGGCAGCGCGCCUCUGGAGCCUGCCUUCUCCAAUGUGCUCACCCCGAACCGCAUCCCCGAGUUCUUCAUCCCGCCGCGGCUGCCCACCCCCUAUGCUCCCGAGUCCUCGCCCUCGGCCGCCGCGCUGCCCCGGAGGUGCGCUGCUGAGCCGGACCUUUGGCUUCGAGGAGCCGACGACGGCGCGGGGCGCACGGACUGGGACCCGCGCUCGCAGGCCGCACUCUCACUGCCGCACCUGCCCCGGGCGCGCACCGCCUACGGCUUCUGCGCGCUGCUCGAGAGCCCGCACACCCGCCGCAAGGAGUCGCUCUUCCUCGGGGGCCCGGGCGCCGCCGCGCUCCCGCCCGCGCCCCGUCCCCGGGCCCACACCUACGGGGGCGGCGGUGGAGACCACCCCAUGGCGCCCGGGGCGAGAGCGCCCAUUGCGACCCCCAAAGCCCACGGUAGCCCCAGCCCAUCCCUGGACACGCUCGCCCCGCCGCCCCGCUGCCGCCGCCUCCUACGCGCCCCGGAGGGGCUGCUGCGCCGAGCAUUGCGGGCCGGGAGGAGCCGAGGCCUGACCCGCGCCCGCUCCGUCUCCAGCGGGGACGGGGAAGAUGAUGACGAGGACGAACGCCGCUCCAGCUCCGAGUCCCCGACGCGGGUCCCCAUCCCAUCCCUUUCGUCGCAUCGCGACCCGCGUCCCGAGCGCCUGGAGGCCGAGGGCACCGUAACUCUGGGCCGCGCCGGGGGCGCCCUGCGCCUGGCCGCUGAGUACAGUAGGGCCAGCGGGCGCCUCCGCGUCCGGUUGCUCCGUGCCGAGGGCCCGACUGGAGGAGCAGCCGAGCCCCGCGCCCCUGUAGGCUGCAGAGUCAGCUUCGUCCUGAAGCCGCGGGGCGCCGUGGUCCGGCGGAGUCGCAGGGCCGUCUUGGAGCAGGACUUGUGCUUGGACGGGCUCUCGGAGGACGAGGUGCGCCGCCUGGCCGUGCGCGUCAAGGCCGAGAACCGGGGCCGCGGACUGGAGCGGGGCCGCCUGCUGGGCCAGGGCGAGCUGCUGCUGGGCCCCCUCCUGCUCCUCUGA